AUGUUCGACCCGGUCUGCACACUUCCGCUCUCCUCGGACCUAUUCACUCAGGCCAUCCACCCCGGACAGCCCGUAGUGUCCGUGGGUCUAGCCUCCGGCCAUGUCCAGACCUUCCGACUGCCCACCGAAGAAGCCGCCGACGAAGAUGACGCAGCUUCUAAUUCCUCCAUUCGCAGUGGCAAGGGACACAUCGACACCAUGUGGCGCACAAGACGACACAAGGGUAGCUGUCGUUCCUUGGGAUUUAGCACCGAUGGAGAGAUGCUGUAUUCGGCUGGUACCGAUGGGCUCGUCAAGGCCGCAAAGUCCGAGACCGGACAAGUGGAAAACAAGAUUGUUAUUCCUCUAGAAAAGAAAGGCUCUAUCGAUGCCCCCACUAUCAUCCAUGCCCUCUCCCCCCAGACUCUUUUACUUGCGACAGACUCCAGCGCUCUCCACCUGUACGACUUGCGCAUUCCCUACUCCAAGGUCUCCGCGCGCCCAGAGCAGUCGCACCACCCGCACGAUGACUACGUUUCUUCCUUGACCCCUCUUCCCGCCUCCGACACAAGCACUUCCGGAUUCAGCAAGCAGUGGGUCACAACUGGUGGAACUACUUUGGCCGUAACGGAUCUGCGGAGAGGUGUGCUCGUUCGCAGUGAAGACCAGGAAGAGGAAUUGAUUAGUUCUGCAUUCAUGGGUGGAUUGCCUAACAGCGGAACCAGUCGCGGAGAGAAGGUGCUUGUGGGUGGCUCUAACGGUAUUAUCACGCUUUGGGAGAAGGGUGUAUGGGACGACCAAGAUGAGCGAAUCUAUGUGGAGCGAAGCAAUGAUGGUGGCGAAUCUAUUGACACAUUGGCAGUCGCCCCGAGCGACUUGGGCUAUGGCAAGCUUGUGGCGGCUGGUCUGGCCAAUGGCUUGGUCAAGCUCGUUCGCAUCGGAGCAAACAAGGUUGUUUCUGAGGUUGUGCAUGACGAGACCGAGGGUGUUGUAGGACUGGGGUGGGACGUCGAGGGGCGCAUGGUCUCUGGCGGAGGACAGCUUGUCAAGGUUUGGCACGAAGCAGCCGAAACCGAUGGAGCCGGCGAUGAUAUGGAGGGUGGAAAGCAUAUGCUUGGUGAUAGCGACGAUAGUGAUGAUUCUGAUGAUAGUGACCGGGGACCCAAGAGACCCAAUGCACGGGAGCGCAAGAAGGCAAGAAAAGCCAACCGCAAGGAAAGCGGUGCUCACGUCAUGGCUUUUGCCGAUAUGGACUGA